AUGUCCGAUGAGCUGGAUAUGGCUUUCCGCACCAUUGCGGAAGCUGGGGAUGACGAAGUCGUGGCAGGAGCCAGUCGUCUGAGAGAGCCCACCAGGAAGCGGCUCAUCAAGCUAUUUGUGGAUGCGAAGUCUGAUGAUGACACCAGCAAGAGAUGGAAAUCGACGUAUCUUCUUGACAGCCAGGGGAGUAAGGAGAGCCAGUCGUCAGGCAAACGCAAGCAGAAAGGUGGCGACACUGAGACACAGAUUCCAGACACGGGCCUCGUCUUCUGUCCCUGGGGCACGCGCAUGGGUGGACGCGGGAGGUGGGCGCAGACAGUCAAGCAGUUCUUCUGCGUGGUUGCCUGCAUGCACUGCCACGAGGAAGCGUGCAACAAGCGGAUGAACAGUGACAUGGACGGUCAUUGGCCUCACUUUUGUAGGGGCUGCAAACCCGUGGGGUCCAGCGACCCGUCAAUCACAAACCCUGGUAGUCAGAAAGCAGCGGCAGUUAGACAGACGGCAGACAGGCAAGACAAACUCGGCAGCUAG